AGAUUGUCAAAAGCAUUUCCAUUCCCCCUCUCGCGUACGCGCACACAAACCACCGCACCUCCGACGUGACCGCCUCACACCACCGCACCACUGCCACCGUCGUCUCUCGUCUAUACUCUAUUUCCAGGCUCAAGAAAUCAAUGCAAAGCAAAGACAAUGAUAGAAAUGAAAUUAAGAUUGGUCAUUGAGUUAUGUCAAGUGGUGAAGGAAACAGAAUGGCAAAAAUGAAGGAAAAGAACACAAGUUCAGAACAAUCAAACAAACAAACCUACUUACGACUAUGUUUCCAAUUCCAAACCAAAAAUCCGCAACACGCAUAGAUACCACCACUAUCACCAUAACCAUAAUACAUAACACACUCCAACAACAACAUUAACAAUCAUCAUUGUUCAAAAAUAAAUAAAAAAUUCCAAUGUUCCAAUCCAUUUCCCAAUGUCUCAAUUCAACAACCUCAACUCUCUUCCAUGCUCGACAAGUUCACGCACAUUUCCUCAAAUUCGGUCUCUUUUCCAACACCCAACUCACCACAACUCUCCUCACUCUCUAUUCCCACUACCUUCCCUUCCCACAGCUCAAAAUCAUCCUUUCUUCUCUUCCUCAACCCACAAUCUUCUCUUUUUCUUCCAUUAUCCAUUCUUUAGCUAGGUCCCGUCACUUCCAUCAUGUUCUUGGUGCAUUCUCUCAAAUGGGUUCUCGUGGUCUUGUUCCAGAUAGUUAUCUUCUUCCUAGUGCUAUCAAAGCUUGUGCUGCGUUAAAAGCUUUGAAACCUGGUAGACAGGUUCAUGCUUUUGCUUCUGUUAACGGGUUUGGUUCUGAUACUGUUUUGAUGUCUUCUUUGGUUCAUAUGUAUUUGAAAUGUAAUAGGAUUGAAGAUGCGCAGAAACUGUUUGAUGGAAUGUGUGAUAGAGAUGUGAUUGUUUGGAGUGCUAUGAUUGCGGGGUACUCAAGGUUGGGGAUUGUUGAUAGGGCGAAAGAGCUUUUUAAUGAGAUGAGGAAUGCGGGUGUGGAGCCGAAUCUGGUGUCGUGGAAUGGGAUGAUUUCUGGGUUUGGUAAUGCAGGGUCGUAUGAUGAAGCGGUGAUGUUGUUUCGUGAGAUGAUAUCUGACGGGUUUUUGCCUGAUGGGUCGACUGUUUCUUGUGUUUUACCUGGGAUUGGGAACAUGAAGGAUGUUUUGAUGGGUGAACAGGUUCAUGGGUAUGUGAUCAAGCAGGGUUUGGAAUCGGAUAAUUUUGUGCUUAGUGCUCUUCUUGACAUGUAUGGAAGAUGUGGAUGUGCGUCUGAGAUGUCUCGGGUGUUUGAUGAAAUUGAUCAGACUGAAAUAGGUUCUUUGAAUGCUUAUCUUACUGGGUUGUCACGUAAUGGUUUGGUUGAUACUGCAUUAGAGGUUUUCAUGAAGUUUAAAGCGAGAGAAAUGGAGUUGAAUGUUGUGACGUGGACGUCGAUAAUAUCUAGCUGCUCUCAGAAUGGGAAAGACAUGGAAGCUUUGGAGCUUUUUAGAGAUAUGCAAGCUGAUGGGGUGGAGCCUAAUGCUGUUACUAUCCCAAGCUUGAUCCCUGCUUGUGCAAAUAUAUCAAGGUUGACCCAUGGAAAGGCAAUCCAUUGUUUUUCUCUCAGGAAUGGAUUUUUCGAUGAUGUAUAUGUAAGUAGUGCACUGAUAGGUAUGUAUGCCAAAUGUGGAAGAAUCCAGUUAUCGCGACAUUGUUUUGAUAUAAUGCCAUCCCGGAAUUUGGUUUCUUGGAACGCGAUUAUGAAUGGUUAUGCAAUGCAUGGAAAGGCUAGGGAAACAAUUGAGAUGUUUCAUAUGAUGUUGCAAAAUGGUCAGAAGCCUGACUCGACUACCUUCACAUGUGUGUUACAUGCUUGCACCCAAAACGGCUUAACAGAAGAGGGAUGGCAUUACUUUAAUAACAUGUCAAAAGAACACAAUGUUAAACCUAAAAUGGAACAUUAUGCUUGCAUGGUGACACUUCUCAGUCGUGUAGGAAAACUCGAAGAAGCUUAUUCAAUCAUCAAGGAAAUGCCAUUUGAACCGGAUGCUUGUGUAUGGGGAGCAUUGUUAAGUUCUUGUAGAGUUUACAAUAAUUUGAGUUUAGGGGAGAUUGCUGCAGAGAAGCUUUUUGUGUUAGAACCUGACAACCCUGGGAACUACAUUCUUCUGUCCAAUAUUUAUGCUUCAAAGGGCAUGUGGGAUGAAGAAAAUAGAAUACGCGAUAUGAUGAAGAGUAAGGGUUUGAAGAAAAACCCCGGCUAUAGUUGGAUCGAGAUCGGACAAAGGGUUCACACGCUUCUUUCUGGUGACAAAUCACAUCCACAAAUGAAAGAGAUUUUGGAGAAGUCAGAAAAAUUGAGUAUUGAGAUUAAGAAAUCUGGUUACCUCCCCAUGACUAAGUCUGUGCUGCAGGAUGUGGAGGAACAAGACAAGGAGCAGAUAUUGUGUGGUCAUAGUGAGAAAUUAGCAGUAGUAUUAGGACUAAUCAAUACAAGUCCAGGACAACCACUUCAAGUCAUCAAGAACCUGAGAAUUUGUGAUGAUUGUCAUUCUGUUAUCAAAAUUAUAAGCAGAUUGGAAGGACGAGAAAUAUUUGUAAGAGACACAAAUCGUUUUCACCAUUUCAAAGACGGUGUUUGCUCUUGUGGAGAUUUCUGGUAAAAUUGCUCAUAAGUCCUACCAGUGGAUCAGAAAACAGACCGACUAAUCAAGAAAAUUUGUGUUAAUAAUACUUUGAUUAAUGCUGAGUUAAUCACCUUGCAAACAAAGGUAUGUAUUCUCAUAUUUUGGUGACUGGCAGCUAAACAGUUUUGGGUCACUUGAGCCACUCAGGUCACACUCAAGAUGUUCAGUCUUGGGCGUGAUGAGGAGAGAGAGUCUCACAUUGGACGAGUUAGGUGCAAUCCAAAUUUAAAGAAACGUUAUUCUUCUGAUUCUACUUAUGACAUUGUGAUAUUAGAGUAUCUCAAAUUCGAAAAGCAUUCAUAGGCAGUGUCUAGAUAUAUUGUUCAUUUGUUGUUGAAUCAUUUCACUUAACUGCAUUGAUUUUUGGGCUACAAAUCUGGUUUGUUUGAAUUUGGAAAUUUCAAGUCACAUUCACUUUGUUCAUGAAAAGCUUUGAUAUUAAGAUGUUCUGAUUUAAUAUUGAUUAUGUCUUUAAAUCUUGAUUUGACUAAAGGAGAUAUGUAGUAACUUUUGUGAUAGAAUAAAGAAGACUUAUAUUAAGAUUUACAUAAAACUUAUAUUUAGAUUAAAAUACACCAAUAUUUUAAUCAAGUGAAAUUCAUCCAUAUUCGAAAUUAUGCUGGCUGUCUGAUGUACCAUGGUGAUGUUGUUCACAAGGACAUGAAUGCUGCUGUUGCCACCAGCAAAACCAAGAGAACCAUUAAGUUUGUAGAUUGGUUCUCUAAUGGUUACUAGUGUGGUAUUAACUAUUAGCCACCUACUGUUAUUCUUGGAGGUGAUCUUGCUUAGGUCCAGAGGGCCGUUUGCAUGAUUUGAAACUUCACCAGUAGGGGUGGAAAUGACCCAAGCCAACUCGCGAAUAGUUCGAAGCUCGAUUCGAUAAUUGUCUCAUUGAACUCGGUUCAUGACCCAAAUGAGCUAAACUUGAGUUAAAAAUUAAGUUCUUUAAAUAAAUGAGUUGAAUAUAAACUAUAUAUAGUUCGACUCUUUUGGAUCAUGAACUAGUUUGGUUACAUAUAUUCUAGGAAAAUAAAAUAGAAAAAGUGGAUACAACACCGCAUAAAAAAAUGUUGAUGAAAUUUAGUAUACAAGCUUACAAACCAACAACUAAAAUGAGUCCCACAUCGGAAGUUUAGUGUACACCAAGGAUAAACAUCAUCUAUAAAAUAGUAGAAUGGAGCAUAGAAAUAUGUGUAAUGGGAAUCAGAAUAGAUUUAAUGUGCUAUAAGAAAUUUAUAGUGCAGCAUUUAUUACCCAUUUAAGUGAUUUUAGAGCUAUUUAAGCUUGACUCAGUCUCUGGCUAUUCUAUUUUUUUUUCUCUUGGUUCAUUUGAUUUGAGUUAUUGAGUUGAACCUAUCGAGCCGAACCGAGUUGCUCGUGAGCUUGAAGUUAGUCGAGUUCGAGCUGAAAAAAGAGUUCGUAGCGAACUCGAGUCGAUUUUUGAGCUGAUCUAAUUUUAACGAGUCGAACCGAGUUGAAGGAAGUUCGACUCAGCUCGACUCAUUUCCACCCCUAUUCACCAGUGUUGCUGAGGUGUUUGGUCGCAUUGACCACAGGUCUAAUAUCUAUGCUUCAAAGGGUAUGUGGGAUGGAGAAAAUAGAAUACACAUGAUGAAGAGUAAGGGGUUGAGGAAAGGCCCUGGUGGUAGUUGGAUUGAGAUUGGGCAGAGGGUACACAUGAUUCUUUUUAGCAAAUCGCAACCACAAAUGAAAGAGAAUUUGGAAAAGUUAGAACAAAUGAGUUUUGAGAUUAAGAAGUCCAGUUACCUCUCAAUGAUUGAAUCUGUGCUGCAAGAUGUGGAGGAACAAGACAAGGAGCAGAUAUUGUGUGGGCACAGCAAGUCCUGGACAACUGCUUCAAGUGAUCAUGAACCUGAGAACUUGUGAUGACUGUCAUGGUGUUAUCUAAGUUAUAAGUAGAUUGGAAGGAAGAGAAAUAUCUGUCUGAGACACAAAUCAUUUUCACCAUUUCAGAGACGUUUGCUCUUGUGGAGAUUUCAGGUAAAAUUGCUCAUGGCUCCUACCAGUGGAUAAUAAAACAGAUUGAUUAAUCAAGAAUGUUUGUUAAUAAUACUGUUGAUUAAUGCUGUGGGUUAAUCACCUUGAGAACAAAGGCAUGUGUUCUCAUCUUUUGGUAACUGGUAGUUAAAUAGUCUCGGGUCACUCAGCCCAUUUAGUCACACUCCAGAUGUUCACUCUCGUGGGUGUGACGAAGAGAGUGUGUCGACAGUCUCCCAUUGAAUGUGUUUUUAAGCCGAUUUUGUAGGGUUAAGUUUAGUCUAAUCCAAAUUUUAAGAACUACGAUCAAAGACUUAUUUGAACAUCUGGAGUUGUUUUCCUCAUGUGGUGACUGGUCUUCACAGCCUCAAAAAAUUUCAGUAUUUUCCUCUGUGGAACAAACCAUGUAUUUCUUCUGCUACAAAAGAUGAGGAAGAGAAUGCUUUAGAAUAUGGACUUCCUUCUUCUCACACACUUAAUGCAGUUUGCUUAUCAAGUUACACUAUAGACCAAUUGAGAGAAUUUAAAAGAGAACUUUGCACUGAGAUUACAACGAAGAAGGAUGCCAAUGUCGUGGAGGAUAUCCACUUCCACAGUAAAGAACUGCGAGAUGCUUUACUAUCAUGGACAUAAAAUUACUCAUUUAGCUUGCAUUACGAAUCUAUAAGCACCCCUUCAUGAAAAAGAAAAAAAGAAACCUAUAAGCACCAAUGUUUUGAUUAUACAGAAUUCCUAUACUUCAAUCAUACAUUGGAUGCAGUACAUAUACUGGUUAUACUAUUUUUUUGUAAUGAGCAAGCUGAUUAGUAGUUACGAUUAGACUAUAUACAUUAAUGAUUCUAUACAACUUACAUGAUUUGAAAACCAGUUUAAUAAGAGAGUUACCAUUAGUUUA